GUCAACAUGGCGGAAAGCAGCGACGUAACGCUUAACGAAAAUGUGCCUGUUUUUGAAUACACAGACGUGAGUUCAAAAGAGUUUCACAUCGGUGCUUUUAAAGAUUUGUGGCUGAAUGCGUUAAACCCGGAUGUGUAUUCAUACAGCGACACGAGUCCAGCGAUGCGAGACGUGCAGAUUAUUGAAGAGAUGGGCAUUGAACCUGAAACCCUGGAGGAGCUGAAGAACAUGUGCAACGUUGAGUCUCUGAAAAGUGAACAUGAAGAUACAGACACCGUGCCAGCAGAUCCUCAGCUCUCCACGUUGAAACUGCGCAAGAGAAGACAAGAAUAUAAAGAAUCUCUAACCAGGGACCACAUUGACAGACAUGAAGCUUACGCCAAUGAAUUGGAGAUGAUAUGUGUGGGUAAGAAGCCAGAAGACCUAGAAGAUCUAGUCCCCGAGGGGGAGUUAAUCCUGACUUUUAACGUGUUGUAUCCCGUGCUGUUUCAGCGGUUCAAGCAUGUUAGAGCAUAUCAGACACUGAAUGUGUUGGGCUCUCAGAAGUUGACCGAGCUCAAAGAUGCCAUCUGCUGUGUCAGCGAUCUCCAGGUGUUUGGAGAGUUCAGCAACAAUCCAGACAUGGUGCCGCAAUUCAUCAGCAAGGAUCAUUACAAGUCGGCAUUCUUCUUCUUCAACGGGACUUUCUACAACGACAUGCGCUUCCCGGAAUGCAGAGACAUCAGCGCCACAACAAUCGAAUGGGCCAGAACCAGAGACUUUCCGGAGUUUGAGACUGCUAAGAUGGAGGACACUUGUUUCAAUGACCUGAAGAUGAAAGUGGGGUUUCCGUAUUACUACACCCACCAGGGUGACUGCGAGCAUGUUGUUAUCCUCACCGACAUCAGACUGGUCCAUCAGGAUGAUUGUCUGGACAAGAAACUCUACCCGCUCAUCACACACAAGCACAGGGUCGUGACUCGGAAGUGCUCCGUGUGUCAUACCUACAUCAGCAGAUGGAUUACAUCUAAUGAUGCUCUGGCCCCCACAGACCCCUGUCUGUUUUGUGAGCAGUGCUUUCGAUUGUUUCACUACGACGAUAAAUUAAACAAAGUUGGAGAUUUCCUGGCCUACGCAUAUGUCGAUCCCGGCACGUUUAACUGAUCCUUUAACACGACUGUGUUCUCCAGAUGUCAUUAUUGCACUGUGUAUCACUGAAGAUUUUUCAUGACACUUCAUCUAGCAAUGUUGGGAAAGCAAAACAUUUGUACUGUUAAGUGCCACUUUAUAUGUUAUAUUAUCAGUUUUUGUGUAAAUUAAAUAAUGUCAAGACUUGAAGCGCUAAUAAUGUGUGUGGAUUAUAAUGUUUAUUGUGAGAGAAGUGUUUUCUUAAAUUAUUUUUUUCUUAUUAAUAUACAUACAAAGGACAUCCUAUGUUACGUUCUGAAUUAAAGUCUGACAAGUUCAGUGUUGGUAAAGUUAUGACGACAAAUGUGAUGGGAUUUUGAGAUAAAUUGUUUUUUAUAAAUUGCUUUAAUAAAAUCAGCGUUUCUGUUAUA